AGAACAAUGUCAACUGGUUUGAUAACCCCAAUUAUUGUGCUCACUUGCAUAACGUCAUGGUCACUUGAAACUAUAACAAACACAACUGAGUCUUAUAUCAAUUCAACUGAAUCAGAUACAACAUCAAGGCUCUUGUAUGGAAGCAUUAAUUCAUUCGAGUGUUUACGGUUGUAUAUGGUUUACCAAAGACGAGUUUACACAAGUGAUAUCUGUCAAAGUACUAGAAUACUUUCAACAUUUAUUAUGUGGUAUACAAAAGCAAUAUGCGCACCUCGUAUUUUUGGUUUAGUAACUAGGAGAUACUGGGUUGUGUUUUCACAACGAAAUUUUUAUGGUGCACGGCUUAUCAUUCGACAGGGUCAAUGUGUUACCAAUUUACACCAAUAUGGAUUAUGGACAGUUGGAUCUAUACUGAAAUGUAUACGACUAGAUGAUAUGAACAGUCCUUUAUAUUGUUACAUCCCAAGACAACCAACUUGGCCGUACGAUCAAUUUCCUUUACCAGGAACACCACAAAAUCCAAAUGAUCCAUUACAGCCAAUAAAUAUACAAGAUGGUAAUGGUCCAGAUUAUCAGUUGAUCAAUUUCAAUACAAAUGUCAGUCAACCAGGAAAUAAUUAUAUGAAUAUGAUUGUGUGAACUAGUUAAUUACAGUUUUCACAAAAUAUCUUUUAUAUUGUCGUCUAAUUGUAAAUAAACAAUAAAAAAUUGUUUGUUUGUUUGUUUUUCUUCAUAAAUUAUCUUAAAAUUGUCUCUUUUUGACAAGUGUGUAUUGUGAAAUAUGUAAAAACAUAUACAUGUAUGUUUUUAUGUAAUGUAAUUUUAUCAAGAUAUAUUUUAUGUAACAUGUUUAUUUUUAUGUUUGACUGUUUACAUUGG